AUGUCCAAUGAUCGGAGUUCAUCAAGACUUCGCGCACCACCGAGGGCCGUGUUUCACAGGCUUCUUAAGACAUGUACCACUAUUCAUAGUGGUACUGAGGCACUAGUAUACAACACGGACCGGGCGACGCUUCUUCGACUCUGGCCGGACCUACUCGGCGAGGACGCAACUGAUCACACCGAGUACGUUAUCAAAAAACCCAACCGGCACGAAGACUUUUUGUCUGAGAGACUUGCACUCGAGCUCUGCAACAAAAGGAGCAGUAAUCAUAUUGUGCUACUCGUGGGUAGCUUUGAGAAUGAAGAAGGGGGAUAUCUUAUCCUACUUCGGGCUAUCGCCGACCUAGAGACGCUCUGGGGGCAUGGCCAUCCAGUUGCACCAUCUCUGUCUCUGAGAUCUCAAGAAGCCGCUGAAAAGUGGUUCGAGGAUCAGAUGUUUGGUCUUGCAGAGGCACUGACUAAUGUUCACUGUCAUCUCGGCACAGCAGAGAAUCCUGUCUUUGGGAUACACGGCGAUAUCAAGGCGAGCAACGUUUUGUUCUACAAAGCUUUGGACAACACAAUGCCCGGUACACUGAAACUGGCAGACUUCGGGGCGAGUCAGUUCUUCGACAGUCUUGCUACGGCUAGCGCCACCUGCUUCAGUGCAGGCAACGGCUCAUACACCGCCCCAGAGAGCGCACUGGAGCAACCGCAAUCACAGGCUGUCGAUGUUUGGAGUCUUGGCUGCUUAAUGCUCGAAUGUAUCGUUUGGUCGGUGGAAGGGCCCGACGGUCGAUUGCACUUCGCUCAAUCAAGGAGGCAUCAGAGCCAUCCGUAUGGCUUGUCACUCACAGCGGAUUACUUUUUCAGAAUGGAGCCCGCCAUCAAUGACACUAGCCAGUCGAAGCCAUUUGUGACAGAGGUCAAUCCAGCUGUGACGGAACGAAUCAACUUGCUAAAGGAUUGUGCUCAUGCUCCAGCGAAGAGAGUCGCGCUGCUGAGUUUGAUCCAAAAGCGAAUGCUUAUGGUCAACCCUCGGGAACGCAUAACGUCAGCUGGUGCUUCUGAGGAGCUGCGGUUCAUUCUAUAUGGAGAGUAUAACCAAUAG